ACCUACGAAACUCAUAUGUCACUUGUCAACAACAAAGUCAUUUUAAAAAAAAUUCUUUCUUCCGUGGUUUUGCUUUCCGCAGGCCAAAAUGGUUCAACGACUCGUCUUCAGACGGCGGUUGUCUUACAACACAAAAAGUAACAGAAGACGUAUUGUACGUACUCCCGGUGGCAAACUAGUCUACCAAUACCUGAAAAAACCCAAGAAGAUCCCGAGAUGCGGUCAAUGCAAAGACAAGCUUAGAGGUAUCCAACCUGCCAGGCCUCAAGAAAGGUCUCGGUUGUGCAGGAGGAAAAAGACGGUCAAACGGGCUUACGGUGGUGUGCUUUGCCACAAGUGCGUUAAAGAGAAGAUCGUCAGGGCUUUCUUGAUCGAAGAACAGAAAAUUGUCGUUAAAGUGCUUAAGGCCCAACAGAUUUCUAAGAAAAAAUAAUUGACCUAAUAAAUUUUUUAGUAUGUAAA